AUGAAAUUUAAGAUUUAUAAAGUGCGCACAAAUCGUGACACAGCAGCCCAUUUGGUCUAUUUUGAUCAACAUAUUCGAAUUCAUGAUUUACCUCUAGGAGAAAUUUUUGAUGUUGUAAAUAUUGCUCAAAAUUAUAAUCCCCAAUCUGGAUUUUUAUGGGUUUGUUAUUUAAAUGCGACAAAUGGAGGAUAUGGUAUAGUGACAGCACAAUUUAAUGGAUCAAAUUUAUCGUCAUUGUCUCUUCCUCAUUGUCAGUACUCAAGUGGAGCAUUGAUUGAUACCAUCACGAUUAACGUUUAUAAUAAGAAUAAUUUUGAUAUUUUGGAUAUGGGAGGAUCAAUUUUUUGGGAUGUGGAAGAUUUAUUUGAUACUUACCGAAAAUGUAAUGAACCAGAUAAUACGAUUUCUGGUAGAGGUUUUAAUAAUAAUGGAACUCUUCAUGGUGAUUAG